AUGCUGGUCGGUCUUGUGAUGCUGCGUCCAUGGCGCUGGUUUGCCUGCUUUGGAUUAUUUCUUUCUGAAUGCUUUUUAACUUCGUUGGCUCUUCAAGCUGUAUAUGUUAAGACUACAGAUGGCACACUUAGGGGCUUUGCAUCGACAGUUCUAGAGAAGCCUAUUAUUACAUUUUUAGGAGUACCUUUUGCAACUCCUCCAGUAGCUGACUUGAGAUUUAGACCGCCAUUACCCUCGAAACCCUGGAAGGGGGUAAGGGAUGCAAUAAAACCGGCUCCUACUUGCAUCCAACCACCUCCAGAAAAAUGUAAGGUUUUUAAUUUUUGUCCUUUUUUGGGGCAGCAAAACGAUCCAAUGACGCGAGUCUGGUUAAAUACGACAGAAAUGAGUGAAGAUUGCCUCUACCUCAACAUCUGGACAAAUGCGAUCGAUGGAACCAGAAAUCAGGUGGAUGAGGAUAUAUGGACAAGUCGAAAACGUAGAAGCAAAAAUGCCAUGCCCAAUUUCCAGAAACUUAAUGGCUGCCCGGUCAUGGUCUGGAUACACGGAGGCAACUUCGUGUCAGGUUCUGCUAGUCUGGAGAUAUACAAUGGAGAAACUUUAGCCAGCGAGCAUGGUGUCAUUGUGGUGAGUAUCCAAUAUCGAUUGGGACCGCUUGGGUUUCUCUCACUAGGAACGCCUGGGGCACCUGGAAACCAAGGUCUCCUUGACCAAGUUGAAGCACUUCAAUGGAUCCGUCGAAACAUCGUUUACUUUGGAGGCAAUCCAAAACAAAUAACACUCUUCGGUCACGGGGCUGGCGCAAUCAGUGCUUCUUUGCAUCUUUUCUCGCCCAUUUCGAGCAAUCUCUUCCAACAAGCCAUUCUGCAAAGUGGAUCUCCAUUGGUUUGGUGGGCUGUUGAUGGUGCCCAAUCAGCUAUCAAUAAGGUUAGUGCUUCUGCAUUCUGCGGUAAAACCAGCAACUCUGGGCUUUGA